GGAUAAGCCAAGAUUUUUGGAAGUGUACUGUUGCUGAGAUAGGCAAGACUAGGUGGAGAGGCAAUAUCGCCUGUAACACAGUUGAAAGGUGCAAACAGUUCGAAGUAUUUCUUAGUAGAGAUGAACAAGGGUGGCAAAUAAAGGGCAGAGGCCCUAUGAUAGAGGAUCUAAUACCACCCAAAGUAUUCGAAAAGAGUGAAAAUUCUCACAUCAAUUUAGAAAUUUUUUUCUUAGGGCAAAUAAUUGAUUAUGAAGGCAACACACUAUUAAUGUGGCAACAGCUCAGAGCUCUAAGGGGUAAAGGUAUGACUGGAAUGAAAGCAUGGUGGUUUAGCGAAGUAGAAAAGAAGGUUUUGGUUACAGCUAAGAGAAGAAUACUAAAAAGGGAAUAUCAGCUAGGCCGCGAAAAUCCAAGUCAUGUUUUAGAUGCUAAUGGUGAAGAUACAUACUUCGAACACUGGCUAACGGAGCCCGGUCACAAUACAGAGUUACUGCAUCGAUGUACUGGAUGUAGUAUAAAUAUAGCAAAUGAAGCAAACCAAUGUAAAGAGAAUAAAUGGUCUAUGCUAAUCCCUGCAUUCUGGUUUUUUGCACCUACUGUUCUUGAGCAAGGUAUAGAAGAGAGUUUUGUAGAGCUUCAGCCAAUCGAAAAUGUAGACAUCACCUUUAUUAAAAGUCAGCACUUUAAACCAAAAGUUGAGAA